ACCUUUAUGUGCAUAGUGGUGAUAACAAAAAUGUCACAGAUAAGAAACAAUUGACGAGUGAUAUUUCGUAGCGUCGUUUGGUAACAGCACAGCAACCUGUAUUUUGUACAAUGUAAAAAGGACGCACCCUCACGAGAACCAAAAGUUUAUCAUUACGUACAAAGCGUUUUCAGAGUAUACGGUCUCAGUGCAAUGGGCUUAGUUUCUUAUGAAAGUAUAAUUACUAAUUAACGUUGAACAUUAAAAAGGUCAUGUGAACAAGUGAAUGAGUGAAUGGAUUGGUAUAAAAUGUGAUAUUUUGUUGUUUCUAAUGGAUCCAGGUGAUAUUAUACUAGUCACCGCAUGGAUGUGGCUUCUUCCAUUAGUUGUGCAAGCUGGAACCAUAAGGCGAAAGAGGGAAGAAAGGGAUGACAUUAGCCCUUGCCUCACUUAUAAGUUGAAUUCUCUCAUACAUAUCGACUGCACAAAUAGGGACUUGACUGAACUACCUGAUGGACUGAACACAAAUGUCCAGGUUCUGUUGUUGUCAAACAAUGACUUCAUGUCUUUCCCAUCGCAGUUAGAACAAUUUACCCAACUUCAGAUAUUAGACUUCUCAGCCAAUCACUUGAGUACUCCUCUGCCGAGCUACAUGGAACGUCUCCACCAACUGCACACACUCAACCUGUCCAACAACAAUUAUGACGUCUGGAUGACAUCUCAAACCAAGGCCAGGAAAUUAGAUUUGUCAAAGAACAAGAUCAACAACAUAGAAGAAGGAGCAUUUAAUCAAUUUACAGAAUUACGACACCUCGAUUUGUCUGAAAACCGAAUCAGAGAUUUACCACUCACGAUGUUCCAGUCAACAAAAAAUUUGGAAACUCUUCUAUUGUCCAGAAAUUAUUUUUCGGUGAUACCAAAAUUCCAGUCACACUCGCUUAAAAGUUUGCAUUUAAGUAAUUGUCAAAUUUCUGAAAUACAUCAAAAUUCUAUCGGUGAAAUGGUUUCUCUGGUAGAACUGUUUUUGUCUAUGAAUGCAAUCGAAGCGAUACCAGACAAUUUUAGUUCGAAUACACUACAAGAACUAGACUUGAGUUAUAACGAUAUCGAUACAAUUAAUGAUAAUUCUUUCUCAUCCUUACCGCAUUUAGCGGUACUCGACCUGAGAGGAAACAAUUUCAAAGAAGUUUGGUCGACCUCACAUUUCGCCUCAAAUCCGUUUUUGAGGGAAGUCCGUGUAAAGGGCAAUCGAUGGAGCUGUGAAGGGUUUCACUUGAACCUUUUGUUGACCUACGAAUUUUUAACAAAAGAUCCUCCUAAGGUGACAGAUACGGGUUCAUUGAUAUGCUAUUCACCAGCAAACGUCACGCAAAUGAGUUGGCAACAAGCAUAUAUCCGCACGUGGCAUCCCAAUCAAGAAGUUAUAGUGUCGUACACCUCAUUGGCAGUGUUUAUAGGAGUUAUUAUAGGAGUUAUAAUUACGUCAUGUAUUUGUCGUACUCUGAUUCCAUUGAGUUCUCCCGAACCAGUGCAGCAGACUACAGUUCUGAAUGUCAAUGGACCUAACCCACAGCCAACAGCUGAAACAGUGCUCUUAAGGGUUCCUUUGCAUGAAGAAGAUCUACCUCCCAGUUACGAUGAGGCAUUGCUAAUGCCUCGGUUGAAUUCUUCUUUCCACUCAUUGCCUGAUUUCGUCGAAGAAGAAGAAGAAGACAGGCGUCGAUACCGCAGGUCAAGGUCCAUUGGAGAUCUCACAGAGCAGAGACCCAGAACACAUGAUAGACGAUCUACAAGACGUACUUUGCAAAUUAAUACAAACAACAAUGACAAUGAAUUUUAGUUAAAGGUUUUUUAACUUACUUUAAAUUAUACAUUAGUUUUAAUUUUAACUUAAUUGUAAUGAUAUUAUAAUAGU